ACGAUGCGCCUCACGGUGCAGUGGAGUUGUAUGACUGGCAAUGUAAUUAUCGGGACCCAACGCACCCGACCUGCCGCCGCCAAUAUAUUUUUUGAAAAUUUCUGUUUUUGAAAUUACCAAAGAAGCAAUUCUGGCCUCGAUGGACAGUGCAACGGCCCUUGAAAAUCUAUUUACCGAGUCUCGAUUAACUUUGAGCUCCACAGCCUGGGCGAACUGCAGAUAGAUGAAUGCGGCAGGCAAGAAAGCGCAUGAAGACGGACGACCAACCACAGUGAUCGACACCAGACCGCACACGGCACUUGCGUCUCAGUACCACUACAUCAGCCAAACAAAGACCAGACCGAACGGUUCCAGUCCCUUCCUGCCAAGACUCGAAAUUCUGCAUUCUUGGAAGUCGACUUCACUAUAGAUAUACUCGCUUUUCGGAGGUGAAAAAAAGGGGACAAAUGAGGUGACGACAGAAAAGAAACCGCACAUCCCAUCUAGUCGCAUUAUUUUCCGUCCAAGAAUGGCACGACAUGAGCCACCGCCCCCUCAGAACGCCUGGAGGUCUAAUACAGGGGGCCGCCUUGGCUCUGAAAUUGAGAAUUCGACACCACGGCGACCCACUAAACCGGGUCCCUCCUUGGACCCCCCAGACAAGGGGCGCUCCAACUCCGACCACGCUGCAACGUCGACAGUCAACGAUUCCAUCCCGCAAUCCUCUCUUCCUCCAACAAGACAGCAGCAGCACAAACAUGCGCCGUCCGCCUCCACCAUGGCUGCCGAAACCGAGGUGCAGGAAUACGACGAUUUUGGACUACCGAUAAGGAAAAAUGUGCCUCCCCCACCACCGCCACAACAACAACAACCAGAGAUCGACUCUCCCGGCGCAGGCGAGCAGCCCGUCGACGGUACUGCUUCCGCCACCGCCUCCAAGAGGAAGUGGAGCUUGAGCGUGCGAAGGAGACAGUCGACCGCGAGCCACACUGACUCCAGAUCCUCCAGCAUCGCCUCGCAAAAGCCCAGCAAGAACGACGUCGACUCGGGGAGCGAACAGAGUUUCAAAGAUGCACCGUCCAACCCCGUCACUAGGACGCAGACCCGUGAGCGUCCUGGCUACAAUGGUGUCGAGGACGAGCCCCUGACCCCUAUACCGCCAAAAAUCGUCACAGAUACGACGGCAUCAAAAGGAAAGGUCGUGGAGCCUCCCGAGAAAACACCCACACCGCGAGACCCCGCCCCCUCAUCCUCAGAAAAGGCGAGUGAGACGGCUGAGAAAAACACUCCAUUGCCAGCAGCGAAAAAGAGUGAUAAAACUGAGCGCGUGCAGCUCACAGAUGCUAAAGACAAGUCUGCCGCUGCCCCUGCCGCGGCCCCGGCUGCGGCCCCAGUUGUGGGUCAUAGUCGCGAGCUGAGUGUCACCAGCGUCACGAGCAACACCACCGAGUCUGCUCAGGUGUCCGAGUUCUCCCACCAGGCUCUCACCUCCAAGAAGGAGGAGGAGGAGGAAGACAAGGAUGGCGGGUGGCAGACCAUGCCGUCCUUUGCAGCUUAUGACAUGUACGACGACGACGACAGGCUGGUCGCCAAGGAGUUCAAGGAAGAAGAUGACGACCAAACGUAUGGUUACGGCGGGCUCGGUGGUGCAGGCAAGGGGUACACCAGGGUCCUGGUGGAUGACGAUGCCGAUUCGGUCACGAGCAUGGAUGAUAAUACGCAAUAUCUAUUUAGCAAGGCGCAGGGGACGAGCCUGACGGAGGAAGAGGAGGCGCGCGAUGCGGUGUCGCAAAUGCAAGCCACCAAAGACCUGCUUACCGAGGGCCAACGUAUCGCCUACGUCGGUAUCACGCGGCUGGAGAUCUUUGGCAUGGUCAAGGAGUUUGAGCAAAUGGAACAAACCAAAAAGUCGAAAAAGGAGAUACGGUUCGCGUCCGAGGCCAUGAAGAUGUGGGCGCAGAAGAUGAUGAUUCGGCUUUACGCCCACAUGGAAGUCAGCGCUGAGGAGCAGGUCAUGAUAGAACAGCUGACAGACCACGGUGUGCGCACUGAGGAUCUGACGCCUGCGCUCAUGGCAAAUGCCAGAGUCAAGAACCCCAUGGCAGAAGACGCGCAGGAAGCGGAAGCGGAAAAGGGAGACAUGCCCAGCUCUAGUUCGACGCCGUUGCCGAAAUCCCCAGCCAUUUCGACGGGUAAAGCUCUCCGUCUGCCUGGCUCAACUUUGGCUGAUUCAUCUGACGGAUACAAAAAGCAGGACAAUAGUGACUCGGAAGAUGAUGAAGAGUCUGCUGCUCCCCCACCGCCGUAUCAGGCCCACGCAAUGGACGAGAUGGACGACGUUCAGACGCCAAACCAGAUGACCACGUCGGCACAGAUAGACAUUGACCUGCGGUGGACCGUUCUCUGUGACUUGUUUCUCGUCCUGAUCGCUGAUUCGGUCUAUGAUUCGAGGUCGAGGUGUUUGCUGGAAAGGGUAGGCAAGAGCCUGGAAAUCACGUGGCUCGAGAUCUGCAGGUUCGAGAAAAAGGUAACAGAUGCGCUUGAGAUGCAGCAACAGGCAGAGAAAGAGAACUGGAACGAAGAAGAGCACAUGGACUCGCGACGCAAGAUGGCGCUCAAGAGAAGGUACGUCAUGAUGGGACUGGCGACUGUCGGUGGCGGCCUCGUCAUUGGUCUCUCAGCUGGCUUGUUGGCGCCCCUGAUUGGCAGUGGUCUGGUGGCUGGUUUCGCUGCGAUAGGAGUGGGAGCGUCGUCGACCACGUUCCUGGCCGGCGCCAGCGGUACGGCAAUCAUCGCGUCCAGCGCUGCCGCAUCGGGCAGUAUCAUCGGCGUGCGAGCAGCCAACCGCCGUACCGGAUCCGUCCGCACCUUUGAGUAUCGCCCGCUACACAAUAACAAGCGAGUAAACUUGAUCAUCACAGUGUCCGGCUGGAUGACAGGCAAGGUGGAUGACGUCCGAUUGCCCUUCAGUACAGUCGACCCUACUAUGGGUGACAUCUACUCGAUUUUGUGGGAGCCUGAGAUGCUACGAAGUAUGGGUGACACCAUCAACAUUUUGGCCACAGAGGCCCUUACACAAGGAUUGCAGCAGGUCCUGGCCAGUACCUUCUUGACCUCCUUGAUGGCUGCGCUCACUCUACCGGUCGUUCUCACCAAGUUAUCAUAUUUAAUCGACAACCCUUGGGCCGUCUCUCAAGACCGAGCCUGGGCCGCGGGUUUGAUCCUUGCCGACUCACUGAUCGAUCGCAACCUGGGUACCCGCCCCGUCACACUGGUUGGGUACUCACUCGGUGCCCGCGUCAUCUUCUCUUGCCUGCUCGAGCUGGCACGCAAGGGAGCUCUUGGCCUGGUACAAAACGUCUAUCUGUUUGGCGCUCCGGUGGUCGUCAAGCAGGACGAGUGGCUCCGCAUCCGAACGGUAGUGUCUGGCCGCCUCGUCACCGGGUACAGCAAAAGUGAUUGGAUCUUGGGCUAUCUUUUCCGCCUGACCAGCGGUGGAAUCCGACGGGUAGCUGGCUUGGCCCCCGUCGAGGGCAUCCCUGGAGUCGAAAAUAUGGACGUGUCCGAAUUUGUGCAGGGUCACAUGGACUACCGUGCAAAGAUGCCACGGCUCCUGCGAGAGUGCGGUUGGCUCGUAGAAAGCGAUGAGUUUACCGAAAUCGAGGACCCUGAUCCGGAGAACCACGCCGCACGCCAACGCGAGCUCAUCAACGAGAUUGAGGAAGCCAGAAAGGAGAUGGAAAAAGAAAACAAGGCCAACAAGGGCGGGUGGCUCUCAUUUGGUCGCAAAAGAAAGGCUCCCAAGAGGAAAGACUGGGAGAUCUACGAAGAUCAAGGUGACAAGAACACCAAUGGAGGUGCGGCAGCUCCGUCUGGCAGGACGGAAGACAAAGAGGGCAACAACCAUGGCGUCCUCUUCGAUGUGGAUGCCAUCCGCGCUGAGCUGGCCAAGGAGGCCUCGCGCGGCGGUGAUGCGGCCGAAGAGAUGCUACAAGUGCGAGAGCUGCCGUCAACGUUGCCGCCCAUGAAAUUGAGCACGGCAAACUUGACCCCAAGCCCUGGCUUUGCUCCGACGUCAGCCAUGUCAACAGCGGCACCUUUUCCAAAGUCGCCCCGUGAUAAUCUAAGGUCGGCCCAUAGCGCCGGGGCGACACCAACUUCUUAUCGACAAUCCUACGAGUACAGGUUAUCGGAAGAGCGAUCGCCUUCCUCACUCAAGGCGCCUGGGCAGCAAUAUCCGGCGGUUGGUCAUGGCUACCAUGGAGCAAGCCCUAGUCACAAAACCCUUGAUUACGGUGGCUUUGGUGGCGGUGACGACAUCGACGGCGGUAUUCAGAUGACGUUCGACACAUCUUUUGACGACACGCCACAUCGGCACGAGGCUUCGCCGCCUCCUUUGUACCCGCCUUCGACUGCCGGUGUUGCGACAGAGGCGCGGACACUUAAGACAGAGACGCACAGUGCAGGUUACUCAACGACCAGCCCUUCGAUCAUGACAAGCAGCACAGAGGCGCCGGCGGGCGCAGGGCGACCGACUAUAUCAACAUCACAGUCGACUCCCGCGGUGCCGCCCUCAAACCCAUGGGCAAACUUUGAUGAUGAUGACGACCCAGAAUUCGGGAAGGAGAAGGAGAUGACUAUGACUUUUGCAUAAUGGGUUGUGGGCGGACGGUGAUGGAUUACGCCAGUUGCAAUAAACAAAAUACUGACCUCUCGUCAAAGCCAAUGUUGAUUUCUGUGGUUUGAUUUUUCGGCUAUUUUGGGAUAAUAGCGUGUACUCUUAGAACUGACAUGAUUGCUUCGAGGUGGUAGCACAAAGGACGAUUAAGCGAUGCAUGGCUUUAGGCAAGAGCAGGGAGAGAGUUGUUCAUGACCUCAGAAAAGUUGACGAAAGGGGGUGUAAAUGUACGUCUGCGCUGCACCCGCAACGAUCAAGUUUACCCGUCAUCUUUAGGUUUCGUUAUUUAUGACUUUAUUGGUAUAAGAACAUAGAUACCCGGCUGUUGAGAACCUGGAAGUGCGUAAGUCUUUUUGUUCCUGCUUGACAAUCGUCUUGUACAGUAAUCUCGGACACUGGCAGCCUUCAUUCUAUCGUUACCAUAAUGUCCUGAGCAUACUUGCAUACUAUGCG